CCUAGCAGUCGGGCGCAGAUGCCCGAGCAAGCAAAACGCGUAUAGCCAUCACCUUUCAUGCAGUCGAUGAGUUACGACACCGCACGCAACCAGUGGAAACAUUAAAAAGUUUAAAAAAAUAUUCAUCUGUGCCCGCGACGUUAUUCAGCAUCGAUUCGGCGGGAAUUUUUGACAGUGACAUAUAUUGUAAUUUUUUUAAACAUCAGUGUUGUGUGUUCUUUUUUUUUUUCGAAAUUGUGCAACUGAAAUGUGAGUGAGUGUCUCUGAAAAACAGUUCGGAUACAUCGAGACCCCAGCGAGCCCCCGGACCUGAUAAGCCUCACAAUGGGACACAAGCAAUAUCUAGCCGUUGGACAGACCGCCCGGACCAGACUGUUCGGUCUGGCGCGCGACCGGACUGUCCCCCUAAACAUGCUGAUAUCGCAACAGGGAAAGCUAAACCACGGUCGCCUGGCUGUGAUAACGUUUAGCAUAGCAACUGUUGCGAUUGGCAUUCUGCUGUCCUUUGUACCAUGGCUUGACUACAUAAUAUUUCGAGAACUGAAGAUCUGGAACGGUUCCCUAAGCUACAGCUAUUGGCAGAAACCAGGAGUCACCAGGUUGACUAAAGUCUACAUUUUCAAUGUAAGCAACCCUCAGGGAUUCUUGGAGCACGGGGAGAAACCAAAGCUGGUCGAGGUUGGCCCGUUCGUUUACAGGGAAGACAUGGAGAAGGUGAACAUAAAGUUCCACGACAAUGACACAGUGACAUACCAACACAACAAAAUCUUACGAUUUGUCCCCGAGAUGUCUGUAGACAAGAACCAGAAACUGGUUGUGCCCAACAUCCCACUUCUGACUGUUACCUCCUUCUCACCUAAUCUGGCCGGCUUCCUAUUCAACCUCCUUGUCUCUGGGCUGGCCAUCACUUACAAGGACAGGGCCAAGCCAUUUGUACACGUGACUGCUGAAGAAUUGGUGUUUGGUUACAACGACCCGCUGGUGACCCUGGCCCACAUCUUCUAUCCAAAAGGAAAAAGACCCAACAGUCAAAUGGGUCUGUUGCUUGCCAGAAACGGCACUCUAGACGAGGUGUCCACGAUAUACACAGGUCAGACGUCGUUGAAGAGAUUCGGUUAUUUGGACAAGAUCAAUGGUAUGGACCACCUGCCGCAUUGGAAGGACAGGCCUUGCAAUAACAUACGAGCGUCUGAAGGCUCAUUCUUCCCGCCACGGUCGGUGACCAAGGAGGACAUCGUCCAUAUAUACGACAAGGAUUUGUGCAGAAUCCUGCCCCUGCAGUACAGGGGAGAUGUAUACAAAGAUCACAUCCAAACAGGACUGUACACGCCUCCAUCGUCGACCUUCGAGUGCGCUGACGUCAACCCGGACAACAAAUGUUACUGUCAGGACGAGAAGUGUCCACCCAGGGGGUUACAGAACAUUAGCCCGUGUCAAUACAAUGCACCAGUGUAUUUGUCCUACCCCCAUUUCUAUGACGCCGAGCCCUCCCUGCUCGACGACUUCGAGGGCCUGAGGCCAGAUAAGAAGAAACACGAGACUUACUUCAUGAUCCAACCAAAAAUCGGAGUGCCACUGGAGGGAUUUGUCCGGGUACAACUUAACCUGAAGGUAGACCGCGCGCCCAACAUCAUGAUAAACAACAUCAACAAGUUUCCUGACAUGAUCUUCCCCGUCAUGUGGAUUGAAGAGGGAAUACAUGAAGUGACAACUCCGAUUUGGCGAUGGAUCUUCCUCGCCACAACUUUCGGUCCUAUCGCCGCUCCGUUCUUGUCAUACUCCAUGAUAUUCUUCGGCCUUCUCACGCUAAUCAUUUGUUUCGUGAAGGCGUACAAGAACUUUGUUAUAGGACAGAAUUCUAUAGAGAUUGUAGAGAUCGGAAGGGAGACGAUACGAAGGGGAUCCACCCUAAUAAUACACAGUUCCCAGAAAUUAUUACCUCAUAAAGAGACAUCGUAUCAACUGUUGAAUCCAAUACCUUCAACGCCAAACAUAUCAAGAGAAGAGAAGUCACAAGAAUUGGAUUUUGUGAGGAAAGAACUAAGCCAAAGUUUGGACGAAUUAAAAACUAGUGUUAGGUCAGAUUUCGUGAUGACAAAUUUUAGUGACUAUGAAAGUGAGUCUUUAAUUAGUGCAGAUAAUUCAUUUAUUUUAUCGGAAUUAAAUAGGUUUAGCUUAUUGAGAAUCUCGGAGGAUUUGUAGGUUAAUGUUGAUGCGUGGGUUAUGUUUUCGAUAUUGGUUAUUUUGGUGACUGAAUAUCUCCAACUUAAACGACCUCUUGUUAACCAAGAAACAAGGAUAAAGAGAUUGGAUAAAGGCAUUCCACUGGAGAGAUUCUGUAAUAAUUGCCUUGACAUUAAUAAAAAGACAAUCAGGGAACUUGGUUGCCAAAUUAAAUUAUGGUGGUAUACUUCUCAGCCGUGACGCAAUCAAGAGGUCAGGGGGGUUACUAUGAGACAUAAACACGUAGCACGUCAUUGCGUUCACGCGUUUUCUUUUUUUUUUCAACGAGAGAAAAAAAGACAGCAUGUGGAAGUUAGUAACGUGCUACGUGUUCGUAUGUUUACUGGUAGGCCCUCAGGAUUUGAGAAGUACGAUCUUUCUGAUUACGUAGUUGCAAAAAAUAAUUGCAAUAAUUCUUUAUUGAAAAGGUUAUUAGAAAACACGUAAGUGAAAAUGGUUGGUCUUAACGUUUCCUAUUCUUAAUAAAUCAUCCAAAUAUACGCGAGACGUAAAUAUAUUUCUUUGAUAAGAUAUGCAGAUGUAUAUAACAUAUGCAAUGAACAAUUUUUUUUUAGUCCAAUCAUAACUUAAUUUUGGUUUAUUAAUUUAAAACAUUACAUAUUUAAUCGGAAUUUAUUCAAUUAUUUUUAGUUUUGAUACUUGGCUGAACUCUUUACGCAAAUCUAUCAUUACAAAAUCAAUACCUAAUUGAUUAUUAAUAGAGAGAUAUUGUUUAUUAUUUAAACUGCAACUAUGGAUAGGUAUGUGAAAAAAAGUUCAUGGUAAUGUUAAGGUUGUGUUAUUGACUGAAUGUAGGUUCCAAUUUUGAUGGGAUCAUAGAAAUAAAUGAAAAUUUGCUCAUUAUUAUAUUAGAGGGAUGGGACUGGAUUAGAUGAAGAUCUUUGAUUUUUAUUGUGUAGAGAUGAACUCGAUUUAACUAGGACAAUUUUAAAUGAAUGGGUGCUAAAAAUAAAUUAAAAAUAUCUAUGGUUAUGGGCUACCAGUGAUCGAUGUUAUUAACUCUAUUUUUGUGCAUAUUUUUUGAUUUUGUAUUUCAAUGGUCAAAGCAAUAAUUUUUAUCAAGUUCCAUCCUUAGUUUACAUAUAUUGGCCAAAUUUCGAUAUUUUAUAUUAAAUUUUAAUUAAUUCUAGAACAUUUUUUAUUCAGUUAUUUUCUGAAAUGGCUAUUAUAAUUGGUUAAAAAGACUGUCAACAGCCGUUUUACAAAAUGACGUUUUUAUUGUAUAGUUUUAAAUUAUACUUUUUAAGGUUAGGACAAAAUGAGUCUUUAUCAUUAAAACACGAACUAAAAUUUAAAUGAUAUUAUUUAAAAUUUGUGUAAAAUCUUCAAUAUUAUAUGAUCUUAACUUCGUCGAUAAUUUUGGUAAAUAUAAAGAGUAAUUGACAUUAAAGUAACUGCCCAGUUACGUAUUUAAUAUUGUAUGUAAUAAGGAGGUGGCCUUUUUAAAUACUUACUUUCAAUAUAAAAUGGUUUACUAUUUUUCGAAGACUUUUACUGUUCUGUUAAUUAUUAUAUUCUUAUUCUUAUACUUGAAAAUUAUGAAUAAAUUACACUAGUCUGUUUUCUGUAUUUUCAUUAAAAUUAGAACAAUUAUUUUUAGUUGUUAAAGAGUAUUCCUGCACGGAUUUCAGAAAUUUUAUUGAAAAAUAAUAGCAUACCUAAUACCUUAAACCUUUUUUUAUUUCUUGACACUAAUAAAACAUGUCUUAUGCAGGAAAUCGGUCAAUUAUGUAUGUGUCUAUAAUUAUAAAUAGGCUAUAAAAUCGACGGCAAAACUAAAUUACGUAAUUAUGGAUCCUAAUGAACAAGGAAUUAAUAUAUGAAAAAGAAUAGCUUUUAAAUAUUAUUGUCGCCUGCAACAAAAUAUAUCACCUUUUUUGUGUUUCACAAAAAUAAGUGUUUGCUUACAUUUUGGACAAUAACUAAACGUAGUCGCACACUUAAUAUGUACAUAAUGUUAUCUAUAUUUAAUUAAAUAAAAAUAAAUA